AUGUCCAAUAAGAGUUCAGAUUCUGAGAGAUAUGAUACAUACGAAAUUAGGGAACAGGAUCGUUGGUUACCAAUUGCCAAUGUUGAUAGAGUGAUGAGAAAUUGUCUACCAAAAAACACGAAAAUUUCCAAAGAGACAAGAGAAUGUAUGCAAGAAUGUGUUUCCGAAUUCAUCUUGUUUGUAACAUCUCAAGCUGCUGAAAAAUGUUUAAUUGAAAAAAGGAAAACCUUAAAUGGUGAAGACAUAUUGUAUGCUUUGUAUUCCCUAGGCUUUGAAAAUUAUGCAGAAGUCCUGAGGAUUUACCUUGCAAAAUAUAGAAUCUUUGAGUUGGAUGAAGUAGAAAAAAGGAGAAAAAAAUACCUGGCUAGAAAGGAACGUUUACAAAAAGAGAAAAAAGAAAAUAAAUACUCAAGCAUGGAUGGGGGUGAUGAUGAUGAUGAUGAUGAUGAUGAUGAUGACGUCUAUGAAGAAGCUGGAAAGAUCAACCACGCAAAAUUUAACCGGCCUUCACUAUCUAAUAUCUUAAAUGAUGACCCACAAAUAUUCCCUUUAGAGCCUACCGACGAAAUGUUUUGGUCAAUCAAUAACUCCUCAUCAGAUUACGGAGACGACCAAGAUAUUAUGAUGAAUUCAUCAUAA